UCCAACCUGUUCCUAUUUCUUCCUCUGCAACUGUACUUUCUCGUGCUCCCAUUGAAGUGAUUACGGGAAGUCUUAAGGGAUGACAAGUUUCAACACACUUGGACAACUAUGUGAAGAUAAAAUCAAUAGUGGUUUUCAAGAAUCCAGAAUAAAUUGCACAACAGGGAAAUAUGGCAAACUCUACUCUAUUCCAGAAUACAAGUUCUGGAAUAGAGUUGCUACCUAACGCAUCCCCUUUUCACCAUUCCGACAUGCGUGAAAAUCCACUCCGGACUUAUAUCGUGGGAAUCAUCAUCUCCAUAUGUGGGAACGUGCUCAUCAGCGUCUCACUCAACAUUCAGAAGUACACCCAUGUGCGGCAGGCGCAGCGAGGCCUGAAGCCCUACUACACCUCCCGGCUGUGGUGGUGCGGCGUGCUGCUCAUGGGAGUCGGGGAGCUUGGGAACUUCGCGGCCUACGGCUUCGCCCCCGCGUCUCUCAUCGCCCCCCUGGGCUGCGUGGCAGUCAUAGCGAGUGCCAUCAUAUCGGUGGCGUUCCUUAAGGAGACCCUGCGAGCCACAGACAUUGUCGGCGGCAUCCUGACAAUAACAGGAACCUAUGUCCUGGUGACCUUUGCCCCCCAUAAUUCAACGCACAUCACUGCCAUGCUUGUCCAGUACUAUGCGAUGAGCUUGACCUUCGUCAUUUACCUGUUCGUGGAGGCGGUCCUGUUCUGCGUGCUGCUCUACCUGUACAAGAUGCAGAAGCUGAAGCACGUGGUGGUGGUGCUGCUGAUGGUGGCCUUGCUCGCGUCGAUGACGGUGAUCUCGGUCAAGGCCGUGUCCGGGAUGAUCACAGAGUCCAUCAAGGGCAACCUGCAGCUGCUGUACCCCAUCUUCUAUGUGAUGCUGGUCGUCAUGGUCGCCUCCUGUGCCUUCCAGAUCAAAUUUCUCAAUCAGGCAAUGAAAAUGUUUGAUGCCACAGAAGUUGUCCCAAUCAACUUUGUUUUUUUCACUGCAAGCGCCAUUGUUGCAGGAAUAGUGUUUUACCAGGAGUUUGACGGCCUGGCUCCACUGGACAUCUGCAUGUUUCUCUUGGGCUGUCUCUUGUCUUUCUUCGGCGUGUUCCUGAUAGCCAGAAACAGAACACAAAUAAAACCGCAAGAUCGCACUUUUAUCACAAUGGAUAAAGUCCCUGGAAGAAGGUACACAGAGUCUGUCCAGCCCGAGGCCAGCACUUCAACAUAUGGAUCCCUGGCAGACAGGUUUAUGUGCAGCAGGGCUUGCCAAUCAGACGACGGCUAGAACCAUCUGUUGGACCUUCUUGAGUGGCUGUGCUGCCCUCCCUGCAUUCGCUGAAGGCAGCGCACUGCGAAGAACUUUAUAUAAAAGAAAAAAUAUAUUUAUUUCAAAAAAGGAAUUGUAGUGUGUAUACAUUUAUAUAUAUGCGCACAAAUCAGUGGUAUUUCUGGCCACAUCUGAUAUUACAUUUUGUGCCAUCAUUUUUUGUUUUAACAUUAACAGAGUGGCAGAAAUAUGACUUAUUCUUGAAACAAGUAUAUUAUUUGAGUUAAUUAUAAGAAUAAGAUUCUGCCUCAGGAUAAAAUGCAUAAAGAAUGCACAACAGAUCAAAUGUAAAUCUUCCAGCACUGUUUCAUUUGAAGAGACCAACCACCCCAACAAACACAAUCCGUUAUGGCUUUAUUAAUAUAGAUAUUUUUUACAGCUCUAAAUAUCUCCAUAACCACAGCAAUGAUGUAGUGUAAUUGUAUAGAGGAUACAGGAAAGUAUGUGACGUUAAACAUUGUCUACAGAUCGCGUAAAGCCAUGCGGUUUAAGUCAGUGCAUUUGCGCCCUCUUCUGGCAGAAGGAGGUCAUGACAAUGGUCAGGCAUACUGCUUCUGGUUCAAAUCACGGCGCACCCAAUAAAUUAUUAAGGGACUAACGUUUGCAUAAUAUUCAUUAAGCAUCCAUUGAGAUUGAUUAACAAGAGGAGUAUAUGAGGUAAUGGUCCCAGAAUACUGAUAAAGUAGGAUAACUUUCGUGUAACAAUGAGAUGAAGCAAAAAGGUGUGUUCUGCAACUUCCUUUUUUGUACCACAUUAUAAUGCUUAGUGAGCAUUUUCUCUGGGUAGACCUCAAAUCCUCACAGCUCACAAAGGCAGCCCAUGAAAUCCCUUGUUAUUGGUUUAUAAGCACAUUUUAAUAACCUGCCAUAAACAGCCAUCUUUACCUCAGGUCACCAUGUCGACUGCACAGCAAAGUGUUAGGAAAAGUUAAGCGUUGCCAAGCAACAACCCUCUAAUUUACCUCCUACACAUGUGUGGGCACCCGGGGUUCAUGCAAGGUGGAUCUUCACCAAUAGAUAAAUGUUAAUGCCUCUUCUGCAUACAGGCUUGACUUUGUUGAUGGAUUGGUUACACAGCAGGAAAAGGGAGAGAUGCAAUUCGGCUUUCGAUGGCAGUCUAAAGAGACUCAAAAUCGCUGGCUCAGUUUCAGAUCAAACAAGGACUUUAUUGGAAUGGCUCAAAUAUUGUUUCGGAUUUUCUGAUCUUUAAAUUUCAGGCCAUUGGAAGAUUUUCUGAUGAAAAGGAAUUUAAAGAUUACCACUAUUGGGAAAAGGAAAAGUCAUCAUCACAUCAAAUAUCUUGAGCC